AUGCAGCGCAAUAUCAUGGCGGAUCUGGCAGACAUCAGCCCAGGCAACCUCUGGCGCCACCCGCGCGACACGGAGCCUGAGGAGGAGGGUUCCACCUGCUGCCCCCGGGUGCUCGACAUCCCUCUGCUGGUUGGUGCUGUGCUGGCACAGAUGACCGCCUCGCCGGUGUUGCUGGCGGUGCAAACGCUGUGGCCUAUUGUAUUGUGCUUGGAGAUGGUCCACGGGGCCUGGCUGCGGGCUGCGUGGUGUUCGCCCUCGCACAGGCUGGCUGUCGACGCAGGGGAGCUUCACGACUGGCUCCUGGGCUGCCUCUUCGUCGGCGCCUGCCUCGCGGUGGCCUCGAUGGUGCUCGGGUCUCUGCGGUGUCUCAGGGUCUUCCCCAGGACGGCCGAGCAGCACAGGCGGUACCUCUUCACCCGGUCGCUCCAGCACGUCGUGAACCGUUGGUUAAUUUGCUACGCCCUCCAGGUGCUGCUCGUAGGCUACGCACUCUGGAUCCAGUCGAGCCGGUGGGGCGCGGCCUCGGACGCCUCGGAGUCAGAGCCCACGAGCCACGCGCAGUGGGUGCGCGCCCUCUGCUACCACUACGCGAGCGGCUCGGGCGCGAGCCCAGCGACGUGCUCGGACUGCCAGGGCGACCUUCUGGGCGCGCCUGGGCUGGCGUGGUACGAGACCGGGGCGAAUUCCCUGUACCUCAACACCACCUGGGCCCGCGAGCACGCCAGCUGGGCCUGGUCGCCACCUGCCGGCGCCCCGCCGGCGGGCGCCGGCGUGCCGUAUCCCGGCUGGCCGCCCGGAUCCGGCCGCUUCGCGUAUGCGGCCGCCUCCCUGGGGGUCUCGGGCAUCGUCCUGGUCAGCGCCGGGGCGCUCCUCUGGCGCAACGCCCUGCUGAAGCUGGUGUUCACGGCAGUGGGGCCGCUCUGCUAUUUUUUCCUCGUGGGACACGUGGCGCGCUGGAAGAUAUUCGGGCCGAUCACCUCGCAGGCUGCAGAUGUUGCCGCAAAUGACACCAUCAUGGACGAAUGGAGCCUGGCCGCUGCUGCCGCGAGUGGUGACUGCCCCAAUGAACCCUCUGCUUCAGGCGCUGGCAAUUCAGAGCUGCAAGGGCCAUGCGACCUGCUGCAAUGUACUUCUGGGACGGCUUUUCGGCAGUUUGCCAAAAGCGUCAAGAACAUCGACGAUGCCGUUACCUACGCUGGAAUGGCUUGCCACUUCUUGCAUGACGAAGAUGCUCAUAGAGCGCACGUGAACUGCCCCGACGAGGUAGAGGAGAUUCUCGCCCGCAUCAUGGACCCACAUGGGUUCAAGAGGUUGUCGUCUCAAAGCGUUGAUGCAGAUUCAUCUGGGAAAACUAGGCAUUGCAUGGGAGCGGCGAAGUUGACCUUAUCCUGCGGUGUGUUCCUUGUCCAGAGGGGCCAGGCCAACGUGUUGGUCGAGAGGCUGGUCGCCUCGGCUCGUGGCAAUGGCUUUGAGCCCGCUGUAUUUCUUGAGAGACAUCGCGGCGACGAGACCCCAUUCGCCAAGGUGAGAGUUCAGACGCGCAUUGGGGGCACAACCAUGGCCAGUGCAGCACCGCCAGAGCAAUUGGCAGACCAGGACGCGGAUGCCGAGGUGCCUCUGUGUCAGAAGCCUGAGGGGGCGAUGGUGGCGUACGCCGUGAACGCCAAAGUCUACCAGAACGAAUUGCUAUGCGGUGCCCUCUUCACGUCGACAUCUGGCUGCAAAGCAUUGUUGGUAUCGUUCGAGUUGCUGCAACCGUUGUCCUCUCUCGACAGGUGCAAAGCUGAGUGCUAUGUUGAGAUGUUUCGUUGCCUCUCCAACGUGCUGCCAUCUAGAUCGCAGUUCAGGCGAGUGCAGAGGUUGGCAAUUACCGACGGCGAUGGCGCGCUCGAUCUGGCAGAGCGGGUGUAUAGAUAUCGCAAUCGUGACGAGCUUGUCGGUACACUCCAUUUGAAGUGCCUUGUUCAUCGUGUGUACCACUGCAUCAAGAAGCCGCUUACGAUGGUGAAGCCUUGGGUCACAGGUAUUAUCAGAUGGUCUUUGAGCUUGCGAGGUCCAAACUACUUCGUCGACUUCGUCACCAUCUUGUCCAAUUGGCUGCAGGAUAAGUUGAUCCUGCAGUGGAUCUGGACUUCGCCAACGUCAUGGCCGAUCUUCCAGCAGGUGACGGCCAGCCUGGUGACGAUGAUCGGGAGCGCGGUGCUGGCAGUGCAGCUGGCGAAGCAGGUCGGGGCCGAGUUGCGCCAGCUUGAGUUGGCACUGAAACAAGACAUCUCUGAGAAGGACGCCGUGGACCUGAAACCGUCAACAUCUAUGGCAUUGCCGAGUUCGGGGGAUUGGGACUCCAACUUGAAAGCUGUCAUCACGGGCGUUCGGGAAGAUAACAAGAGAGAUCGGCAGUUUGAGGAGAUCGUUGGCAACGAGUUGGCCACCUACUCAGCCAAGGAAUCGUCUACCAGAGACGCUGCCGACAAGUUCGCGUACGACGAUGUGGGGAAGGUUUCGGGUGAGUCCGCUUCACUGCCUGUGCCUGAUCUUGGAGUUCAGGGCCAGUGCGUGUUUCGGCACAUCGAGGGUAAGUUCGACUUGGUCAUGUUCAAACAGUUCAACGCUUGCAUCAAGGCCCUCACCAGACACGACAAGCAUCUCCGCCGAUCACUUCAUGAAUGCAACUUCGUCUAUUCAAUUACUGGCGUCGAGGUGACGUGCCCGCCAGAGCCAGAGGUGGAGGCGGCGGACGAGGCAGGGGCCGUGCCAGAGGACGUGGGAGAGGUGCCUACCCACCGGAGCCCGAGCCCCUCGAGGACGGCAGCGUUGGUGGUCACGGGGAUGGGCCUCUUGCUGGCCAUGGCUCUGUCCCAUGAAGAGUCGGAGGACGAGGUUGAUCAGUUGAGCUUGCACGAGUCUGACCCCCAGCACUCGUCUGAGGCAGAAGGCGCAGGGCACGUAGAUAUCAUGCAAGACGUGUUCGGCCAUGCACUUGAUGAGGGAGAUCCUCCAGGCGGCGGUGAACCGCCUCCCGAGCCGCCAAGUGGCAGCGGACAUGAUGAUAUGUGCUCGGGUGGGGCUGGCGCCCCGCCUCCUCCGCCACCUCCUGCAGGAGGGGGCCCAUCCUUGGCGGGUGGUCCGACGUAUACGCUGAGGCUCCCGAACGGUGACAAGAUAACCCACUACAGCUUCAGGGACGAGUUUCCGAAAUUGCAGGAUGACGAGAAGGAGCUCGAGUGGGGCUCGGAGCACCACGACCGCACUGACGCCAGGGGGCGAUUGAGCCAGAUCCCUGGCAGUGACGAGCUCUUCAACCGAGAGCGGCAGAUGCGCCCAGGCGAGGGCUUGGAGCCAGAAGACUGCCCUUGA